AUGGCUGGGCUUGUUGGGUAUGCAAGCUCUGAUGAAGAAGGAGAAGACGAGCAGCCUCAAUUGCAGCAGGAUUCCCCUCAGGUCGCCACACAGGCAGCAGCGCUUGCUGCAGAUGAGGCUGAGAAAGACGAACCUCAAAUUCAAAACUCGGUAGAAUCUUCAUCACCACAGAAGAAAGAUUCCGACAGCCAGCCGCAGCCAGCCCCCAUCGGCCCCGUGCCGCAAAAUGCUGUUCCUUUAGGCCCAUCCCUUCCACCCGCCGAUGCUUCCAUCGCCAACACCCUCCCAGAACCCGAUGGGCCACAAGAAUCACCCUCGUCCCCUUAUUCCUCCAACCGCGGCUUGAUUCACGAUCUCACCCUCCCCUCUGUACCCAAUCUCGACAUCCCGCCUUCGCCACCAGGAUCCCCUCCCCCUGGAUCCAACAAAAAAGUCGAGCAGUUUUUAGAACUCAAAAAGAAAGGCGUCCACUUCAACUCCAAGCUUGAACAGUCUACAGCACUUAGGAACCCAUCUUUAAUGGACAAGCUGCUGGACUUUGUCGGUAUCGAUGAAGUGGGCCAGUAUGAGACGACGCUUCCGAAGGAGCUGUGGGAUCCAAGGGGGUUUCCAGAAUGGGCAUUUAGAGACAAGCUCAGCAAAAGCAGGGAGAAGAUUGCGAAGGAGAAGGAGGCGGACAGAGCUGCUAGCAGUCGAACAGCCAUCGACUUUGUCCCAUCGAACGCUUCAUCAAGCGGAGGAGCGCCUGGCUUACCGGGAGGAAUAAGCGCAAGGGGCGAGAAGCGUAAGGGUGGCUGGAAAUAA